AUGAAGACCACUUCCGCUGGAUUCGUGUUCACGUCGGCUGUGCUGGCUGGACUCGCUCAUGCAAUCGGUAUGGCGCCGCCGCCGCCUGUUGAGCUUGUUCAAGGCUUCGACUGGAAGGACCCCUUUGCUCUCGAUGCCAUUGCCUCAUUCCGACCUACUUGUGAGGCCAAGGCUCAGUUUGAAGCUCUCGAGUACACCCUCAAAGACUUGAUGGAACCUCCUCCCAAGGGGUUGAAGCCAUGGUCGAAAGGGCUGAAGGCAGUCUUCGCUGAUAAAGAGUAUCCUGGAGGGUGGCUGGGUCUCGAUCCUCACCUGAAUGGCCGAAGUCUGCUGUUGAUGAACUACGAUCAAAUGCCUCUCCUGGUUCGCCAGUGGAUUGAACAACAGGAGCGGACUGAUGGGACGGGGAAGGCACUCUUUGCCGUUCUUGAGAAGCCAAAGAACGACGAGGAUGAGAUCGAGAAAGUUGUCCAAUUCCCUGAAGCUGACAAGAUCGAUCGCGAUAAUGACAAAGACAAGGUUGCCAUAUUCGCACCUGGCGCCUUGUAUGGGAUCCUUCCUCUGUGGGCGGCAACGACAAGUAAAUGCGAGGAUCAACUUGUCGACCUGAGCAAGUAUAGCCCCAGGCCUUCAGAUGGCGGGGUUGUUGGUUGGGUUAUGCAUACUGAACCCCAAAACCACAAGACGAAACUCGACAUCAAAGUUCAGGCAUUAAAGACAAAGGAAGUCAAGAGUGGUCAAGAACAAGGCCAGGCAAAGUCGGCAUCACGAGAGGAACUGUAG